GGCUCGGGCGUGACGAAGGUUAGUAGUGGGACAACUAGUGCGGCGAUGUUGGUAGCGCCAGCUGUGCCUUGCAGAUGCGCAGUAGUCCCGCUUGCCGUUCCGUCUGACAGGCCGCUACAGACUUUCCUUCUCCGCUCCAACACUGUUGUCAAACUCGCUGAAGACGUUCCAGCGCGCGGCGUGUGACGACCAGCUGAUGGUGCUACAGUGUCCGCCCCGCACCAGUAUAGUGGUGCAAGUCGCCCAGUACGGCAAGAGCAACGGUACGUCCUGCCCCGAGGGUCGUAACGAGUGGAACACCACCUGCACGUGGCCUAGUGGCCUUCAGUAUUCUCUGCUACAAUCGGUAGUUGAAGCCUGUCAUAAAAGACGGCUCUGCAGGUUCCACGCCACGCCCAGUCCCGAUCCUUGCCCCUGGCUAAGAAACUUCGUGGAGGUCGCCUACAAGUGUCGCCCAUAUGAGUUUCGAAGCAAAAUGGCGUGUGAAAACGAGAUAGUCCACUUAAGCUGUGGGGCCAACUCUAGGAUAGCUAUUUAUUCCGCCAGCUUUGGCCGCACUGAAUACGAAAGUGUCAGCUGUCCUCAGCCGCCCGGCAUACCUGAAGAGACUUGUUUGGCCAUGUACGCCACAGAAACUGUGAUGAGGAUAUGCCACGGAAGACGGCGCUGUUCCUUGUCAGCAGACACCACAACCCUCGGUAAACCUUGCAGCCAUCAGUCCAGGAUGUAUCUCAAGGUUGUCUACACUUGUGCACCCCGAAAAGUUCUACUAGAACAGUACGAUUCGGGACUAGCAGAGGACGAGUUGCCUGACCCGGAGUACGACUAUGAAGACGUAGUAGUUGAGAGCGAGUCGUAUAGUGAGUGGCCCAAUCUGGCGGGAAGACGAGAGAACUACACAACGGCGAUGCCACACACUCCUGUCAGCCCUCACGCCCACCGGGAGAAAAAUCAUGUUGGACAAGAGCAAGUGUUGUAUGCACUCCUGGCGCUCAGCAUCCUGUUGAUCUCCGUGCUGGGAGUAGCCACCUUGUGGCUCUUGUGGCAGCGGCGACAGCUCCAAGUGGCCGGUGUCACUCCCAGUCAACCCAAGGUGUUUCCUGGAGCCGGUGGAACGGCAGGGGAUGUCUGUCAGAUAGACACUGGCAUGGACCUUAUCAACAUCACCCCUACCGCCGUCACAAUCGUCCCCGGACCUCACCCCCACCAUCUCUACCCUGCCGAAGAGGUGCUGACUUUCACUUGUGAGGAGGAGCCAGAGGUGAGUGCGAGUCGUGGCUCAAACACUCAGUAUUACUACGGAUGACAGUCUCCAGUGGUGGAGCCCCGGGCGGUGUCCGCCGUCACCAGGUCCACGUCCGGCCCAGGAGGCGGAGAGUCUCGGACCUACUGCUUCUAACAUACGGGUGCUGACGGGCUCACGGUGCUUGACGAAGGUGACACGGAGUCCACGUGACACCACCAAUCUCAAGAGUCAGUGCCAAGAGUCAGACAUUGACGCUCAAAUAAAUGUCUAUUCGUGUCUGCAAGACCAUCACCAGUCAUCGUACAAACUGUUUACAAAAUCGUAUAUUAUAAUGAUAGUGUGACUGAGUAAAACUCAUCGAGUGAUAUAAAUCUGUGUUAACUUAUGAUCACGCCCGUAAAGUGACAUUAAAUUGACUUCAAGUCGACAUGGACAGGUUUAACCUUCUAUUGUUGUUAUGACUGGUAAAUAUUUCUAGUGAUUGUUUCAACAUCAUAUUUUUCUAGUAAAACGUUGCUACAAA